AUGGCCGCGGCCGCCCUCCUGCCCCGGCCGAUGGCCCUGCUCCUGCUGCCGCUGUUGCUGCUUCUGCUGCGGGCUGACCCGGUGCUUGCCAACAGUAAGGUGUUCGGUGACCUGGACCAGGUGCGGAUGACGUCGGAGGGCUCGGACUGCCGUUGCAAGUGCAUCAUGCGACCGCUGAGCAAGGACGCGUGCAGCCGGGUGCGCAGCGGACGCGCGAGGGUGGAGGACUUCUACACCGUGGAGACCCUGAGCUCGGGCACCGACUGCCGCUGCUCCUGCACCGCGCCGCCCUCCUCGCUCAACCCCUGCGAGAACGAGUGGAAGAUGGAGAAACUCAAAAGGCAGGCACCUGAGCUCCUCAAGCUGCAGUCUAUGGUGGAUCUCCUGGAGGGCGCUCUGUACAGCAUGGACCUGAUGAAAGUGCACGCCUAUGUCCACAAGGUGGCCUCCCAGAUGGACACACUGGAAGAGAGCAUCAAGGCCAACCUGAGCCAGGAGAACGAGGUGGUGAAGGAGAGCGUGCGCCAUCUCACUGAGCAGCUCAAGAGCUACGAGAACCACUCGGACAUCAUGAUGAGCAUCAAGAAAGAGCUGUCCAGCCUGGGCCUCCAGCUGCUGCAGCGGGAUGCAGCUGCUGUCCCUGCCGCUGCCUCUGCCACGGGCCCCGGUAGCAAGGUUCAGGACACAGCUGGAGGGAAAGGCAAGGAUACCAACAAAUAUGGUGGCAUGCAGAAGAGCUUUGCAGACAGGGGCCUCCCAAAAGUGCCUAAGGAGAAGCUGCUGAAGGUGGAGAAGCUGAGGAAGGAGAGCAGCAAGGGCAGACUCCCCCAGCCCACAGCCAAGCCCCGAGCUCUGGCCCAGCAGCAGGCCGUGAUCCGGGGUUUCACCUACUACAAGGCAGGCAGGCAGGAGGCCAUAGCUGACAAUGCCCUCAAGGGCACUUCCUGGUUGGAGCAGCUGCCACCCAAGGUGGAGGGCAGACCCCCCGAGGGCAACUCUGCAGAGCCGGAGCAGGACAAGGCUGGACCAAGGGCCACAGAGGGAGUCAACCUGGGUCCCGACACCCCCACCUCAUACCCUGCCACCAUCACCACCACCACCAGCCCAGCCCCCACCACCACCACCACCAGCCCAGCCCUCACCACCAGACCCCUGCCCACAGAGCCACCUUCACGCCCAGAAGCCCCUCGCCAAGGCAGGGAGGCCAGCUGCGAGGGCACCCUACGGGCUGUGGACCCCCCCGUGAGGCACCACAGCUAUGGGCGCCACGAAGGGGCCUGGAUGAAGGACCCUGCGGCUCGGGAUGACAGGAUCUAUGUCACCAACUACUACUAUGGAAACAGCCUGGUGGAGUUCCGCAACCUGGAGAACUUCAAGCAAGGCCGCUGGAGUAACAUGUACAAGCUGCCCUACAACUGGAUCGGCACUGGCCACGUGGUGUACCAGGGCGCCUUCUACUACAACCGCGCUUUCACCAAGAACAUCAUCAAGUACGACUUGCGCCAGCGCUUCGUGGCCUCCUGGGCGCUGCUGCCGGACGUGGUGUACGAGGACACCACACCCUGGAAGUGGCGCGGCCACUCGGACAUCGACUUUGCCGUGGACGAGAGCGGCCUGUGGGUGAUCUACCCCGCCGUGGACGACCUCGACGAGGCUCAGGACGAGGUGAUCGUGCUGAGCCGCCUGGAUCCCAGCGACCUCUCUGUGCACCGGGAGACCACGUGGAAGACGCGGCUGCGUCGGAAUUCCUACGGGAACUGCUUCCUGGUGUGCGGGGUCCUAUAUGCUGUGGACACCUACAACCAGCACCAAGGCCAGGUGGCCUACGCUUUCGACACCCACACGGGCACCGACGCUCGGCCGCAGCUGCCCUUCCUCAACGAGCACGCCUACACCACCCAGAUCGACUACAACCCCAAGGAGCGGGUGCUCUACGCCUGGGACAAUGGCCACCAACUCACCUACACCCUCCACUUUGUGGUCUGA